AUUAAUGUGAAGUGCAGUGUGGCUGCAGCUAGCCGACCCUGUAGGUUAAGUUUGUCACUUUAAGAGCAAUGGAGGAAAUCUAUAUGAAUGUUGCACCGAACAAGUCUGUUGGCUCGAGAGCUUCAACAGAUCCCACAGAGAGGAGACUUUAUGGAGCUGUUGUUCUCUGCCUGGGGCUGCUGAGUGUUCUCCUGCUGGCCGGGCUCAUCGGCCUCGGUGUCCACUACUAUGACUCCUCACGGCGUUCAGCCUCAGAGCUCUCCUCUAUCAAAGCCAACCUGACUGAGCGUCUCCAGGUCAGUUACAACAAGUCGUCUGCCCUGACUGAAGAGAGAGACCAGCUGAAUGUCAGCCUCAUUGAAAUGACCAAAGAGCGGAACUGGCUGAAGAGAAGGUGUCCUGCAGGAUGGAUGGUGUUCGGUUGUUCCUGUUAUUUCCUCUCUAAUAAGUCUCAUUCCUGGGAUGAAGCCAGAAAGGACUGCAAGGAGAGAGGAGCAGAUCUGGUGGUGAUAGACAGUGAUAAAGAACAGCUGUUCCUCUCUAACUUCACCGAGAAGGGAACUCAUGCCUGGAUCGGUCUGACUGACGAAGCCAAGGAGGGGACCUGGAAAUGGAUUAAUGGGGCUCCACUGUCUCUGAAGUACUGGCAAAAAAACCAGCCUGAUAAUGGAGGUGGAUAUGCCAAUCUUGGGGAAGAGGACUGUGCCCAUGUCAUAAAAUCUGGAGAGAAUAAUCGAGAGAACUGGAAUGAUUUGUCUUGUUUCACCAGUCAGAGAUGGAUCUGUGAGAAAAUGUUUGAGAUUAAAGAUUUGUAAAUUUCAUAUUUGAAUGAAUGAAUGAAUGAAAGAAUGAAUGAAUGUGUUUAUUUCAGUAUAUUUCAAUAAUCAAUGUAACUGAAAGGGUAUAGGUAGAAGCUAAAGCUUAUAAACACCUGCCCCUUUUACCUUACAAAGUUAUACUUGUCAUAACAAUACAAAUACAAAAGAGCAACGUGCAAGAAUUUGAAAUUAAUCAUAUCAAUAAACUUAAAUUUUCCAUCACACAAUAGAACGAAUAGCGCACAGUGCACAAAUUCGGAAAUAACAGUACAGUCAGUAAACUUAAUUUUCUUUACCAUAACAAGAAAUAAUGUAGUUUUUAUAAAGUAUUUUAAAGAUGUGUAAUGUACAGCAUGAAUUAAUACUUUCGGGACAGUUGUUCCAGAUCUUUACCCCUUUAACAGAAACAGUUAUUUUUAACGAUAGUUCGGGUCUUUGGUUUAUCAAAUAAUAAUGUUCCCUUCAGAUUAUAUCUGGUGUCUCUCAUUUUAAACAGUUUUUGGAGGUGGAGGCAGAAGUUCAUUUUUUACUUUGUAAAUGGUUUGUAUUGUGAUGUAAUCAACUAAGUCCGUGAAUUUCAAAAUGUUUUUGCAAAUAAAUAGUGGGUUAGUUGGCUCGCGAUAACGUUUUUUACAGAUAA